GAUAUCUUCGAUUAGGGAGGCUUUUGGCAGAUUGAGGAGGUGAUCUUCAAGUUUUUCUCAUUCUCAAAAAACCAACCAGAAAGGCUCAAACUACGACGUGUUUGAGCUGAUGGAUGAAGAAUUCGAGAGGAAGAGGAUUGAAGUUAAGGCUAUGGAAGCUUUGGGUUGUGGGUUUGAUUUUGCUAGCGAUUUCAGGUUGAAGUUCGUAAAAAGAUGUCCAAACGGGGGUAGAUUGGUAAUUUUGGAUGAGAGUAAUAGACGGAACGUCGUCAUCCCCGGCGGCGUUACAAUUCCCGAUGUAUCUGAAAAUAUCCGAUGUGAUAAAGGGGACCACAUUCGUUUCAAGUCUGAUGUUCUCGAAUUUAAUCAGAUGUCAGCAUUGCUAAAUCAAAAAUCAUCAAUACAUGGAAAGGUUCCAUCAGGCUAUCUAAAUGCCAUUUUUGAUUUAAGUGGAGCCUGGUUGAAUGAUUCAGCAGAUGCUAAAUACCUCGCGUUUGAUGGUUAUUUUGUCUCGUUAUACUAUUUGCACCUGACAGCAUCCCCAUUAGUACUCCAUGACCAAGUGAAGAAAGCUGUUCCACCGCAUUGGGAUCCAGCAUCCUUAUCCAGAUUUAUUCAGGCUUAUGGGACACACAUAAUUGUGGGUAUGGGUGUUGGAGGCCAGGACCUACUUUGUGUUAAGCAGAAACCAUCUUCAACAGUUCCUCCUGCUGAACUAAAAGCACACUUGGAUGACCUCGGAGAUUGUCUCUUUUCUGAUGAAGCAAGCCCUCUGCCUGAGUGGAAGGCAAAAGAGGGUAAAAAGAAGGUCCCCGAGGUAUUCAAUCGCAUGUUGCAGUCGCAUACCAUGCAAUUUACUAGCAUAACAGAGACAUCAAGCAAGGAUGGUCUCACUAUAAUUUGGUCAAAAAGAGGUGGUGAUGUGUUUGCACAAAGCCACUCGAAGUGGCUUCAGACUGUGGCUGCUUACCCUGAUGGCAUACUCUUCAAACUUGUACCGAUUACUUCGCUCUUAACAGGAAUACCAGGAAGCGGUUAUCUCAGCCAUGCAAUAAAUUUAUAUCUACGCUAUAAGCCUGCUCUAGAGGAUUUACAGUGUUUCCUCGAGUUUCAAGUUCCUAGCCAGUGGGCGCCAUUGUUCUGCGAGCUGCCUCUUAGCCAUCAAAGAAAAGUGGCAUCUUGCCCUGCGUUGCAGUUCUGUUUAUUCGGCCCAAAGCUUUGUGUGAGACCUACCCAGGUUACAAGUGGUCAAAAACCCGUCAUUGGUUUGCGCUUGUAUUUAGAAGGGAAGAAAUGCAACCACUUAGCCAUACAUGUACAACAUCUUUCUAGUUUACCAAACAUUAUGGCAUCUAAGUCUGUUAAUAACCUAACCUUAUGCAAGCCAUGUCAAUGGCGAGGCUCCGAUGAUUAUGAAUCUAGCGACCAAUUCUUAGAUCCUGUCAGAUGGCCGAGAUAUUCCAACGUGUGCUCAUCUGUAGUUAAGCAUGAUCCAAGCUGGAUGCAGGGCGAAACGAGUGGCGUCUUCGUGGUAACUGGUGCACACCUUGUCAGCAAAGGGAAGUGGCCUAAGACAGUGCUUCACCUGCGUCUACUUUUCACCUAUCUUCCUAACUGCACAAUACGAAAGACAGAGUGGGCAGCUACACCAGAGGGUACUCAUAGGUCAAGUUUCUUAACAAAUCUCAGCACAACUUUUACUUUCACUCAGCGGACAAAGACAGAUGCUGCACCAAAGCAGCUUCCUGCUGCUCUUAACUCGGGCGUAUAUCCAGACGGACCUCCAGUACCAGUUCGAUCAACAAAGCUGCUCAAGUAUGUAGAUACGGCUGAGAUUGCACGAGGGCCAUACGACACUCCUGGACAUUGGUUGGUAACUGCUGCUAAGCUUGUUACAGAAGGUGGGAAGAUAGGUUUGCAUGUGAAGUUUGCUCUAUUAGAUUUCUUAAACGAAUCAUAAUUUCUUGUGUGUACAUAUUCUGGGGUAGCCUUGUCCUUUUCUUUAUAUCAUUUUAUUCAGAUACAUUUAGUCUUAUCAGCUUCCAAUAUCUUGAUGAUAUAUCAUAUUGUUUAAUUUAUCAGAGAAAUGGCCAACAGGGGAGGAAAAUGUUAUAGUAUUGUACAGAAGAAUUUAGUGGAAGAAUGGAUUUAUUUUUUGUUCUUUCCA